AUGACGGUGCCGGAAAACACCGGGUCUUCACCCCUCCCCGCCGCCACCGAAACCACCCCUCUCCUCGCGGACCCGGACCAGCCCAAAACCGUGACAGAAGAUGAAAUCACCAUCGUCGCCGACGAGCUGCCCACGGCGCGUCUAGCCGUCAUCAUGGGCACCGUGUGGAUAGGCGUAUUCGUCGGCGCCAUCGAUUCCACCAUCUUCGCCACGCUAUCGGGCCCCAUCUCCAGCGAAUUCAAGAGCCUCUCGGUAUUUUCCUGGCUGGCGACUGCGUAUCUCAUCGCCAAUGCGGCGUGCCAGCCCAUUUCGGGAAGGUUGACGGACAUUUUCGGACGCGGACCGGGUUUGGUUUUUAGCAAUAUCUUCUUCGCGGCGGGGAAUUUGAUCUGUGGGCUUGCACGGGAUAAGUACUCCAUGAUUUUCGGGAGGGUUAUUGCGGGCAUCGGGGGCGGAGGGCUCAUGUCCAUUUCUACCUUUAUCGGCUCGGAUCUCGUGCCUCUGAGGAAGAGGGGUGUUGUUCAGGGGAUUGGGAACAUCUGCUACGGUUCCGGUGCCAUGUUGGGCGGUGUCUACGGCGGAUUCGUGAAUGACCACACCUCCCUGGGUUGGCGACUCGCCUUCUUCUCCCUCGUCCCACCCGCCGUCGUCUCGGCCGUUCUCGUGGGCAUCCUCGUCAAGGUACCCCCUAAGGUGUCCAACAAGUCAUAUAUUUCCCGCAUCGAUUUCACCGGUGCCUUCCUAACUGUCGGCUUCCUUGUGUCCCUUCUCCUCGGUCUCAAUGCGGGGGGGAACUACGUUUCUUGGCGUCACCCCUUACCCAUUACAGCCAUCUCCGUCUCAGUCGUUCUCUUCGCCGGCUUCUGGUUCUGGGAAAGCCGCGCCCGCCAGCCCAUCAUCCCCGUGCGCCUCCUCCUCAAUAGAACCGUGCUGGCGGCCUGCGUCGCCAACCUCGUCUGCUCCAUGGCGCUGUACAUGGCUCUUUUCUAUGUGCCGCUCUACCUGCAAGUUCGGGGCUACACCGCCACCGAUGCCGGACUCGCCCUCCUCGCUUCCCCCGUGGGCACGUCCGUCUUUUCCAUCUCAUCGGGUCUCAUCAUGAAGCGGACGGGGAAAUACCAAAAGUUGGCCAUUAUCGUCCUAUCCAUAUUUACAGCGGGUAUGGCUGUGCUCACCACCCUCGAUGAGAACUCUCCCCUGAGACUCGUUCCGACCACCUUUUUCUUUACGGGAGGGAGCUACGGAGGCAUGUUAACGAUUACGUUGCUCGCUUGCAUCGCGGCGGUGGAUCACUCUCAACAAGCCGUGAUUACGUCUGCUACCUACCUCGCACGAAGCCUGGGCAGCACCAUAGGCGUGACCAUCGCCUCAGCCAUCUACCAAAACAUCCUCAAGGAGCGGCUCUGGGAACGCUUCGGUGACAGGCCGGGCGCAGAGGAUAUAAUCGGGCGGAUCCGCGAUGAUCUCGGCGAAAUCGGCAAGCUUCCACCGGGAUGGUAUGAAGGGGUGAUAAGGUCAUUUAUGGAGGCCUUUCGGGGGGUGUGGCUUGCGAUGUUGGCUCUUGCAAUUGUGGGCCUGAUAAGCGUAUCUCUGAUGAAACAGUAUACGCUUCACUCGACCCUCUCGCGAUCUUGA